UUGCAGAUCGUUAGUACCGAUCAGAUAAAUGCAACAACAGAAAAAAAGUCACAUCUUUAUCCAAAUCAUGACUGUUGAUGGCUUUAACAUUUUUUUAAUCCCAAACUUUCAUUGUAGGAUUUGGGGGAGGGCACAGCCCCUUUAAAAAUAUCUAUUUUGUUUCCUCCCAUUUAGGGCAAUAGCAUUCUCUAAGGGCUGUGUGAUUACUUGGCCUCUUCUAGGGAAAGUCCCAGAGCAGAAAUUCUUCCCUAAGGAAAGUCGUUUGGUUCAAAACUUCAAGUAGCUGUUGUCUCCUUGGGGCUCCUUUGUCUCUAGAGGGACCAGCCUGAAGAACUGUAGUCUGGCUAAAAAUCGGGUGGCCUUUUUCGGAAGGCUGCAUAAAAGUUUCUAAUAAAGAGGGGAUGUUUGUCUUAGGUAUACUGACACUAUGUAUUUGAAAAGUCUGCAGUACACAAUUCCCAUUUAUUCACACUUAGGGGUUCUGUUGGUUUUUUUUUUUUUUAGCUUGAGUCUACUCUCCUAGUAAAAAUAAAGCUAUUUUUGUAAAGGCUGCUUCUAGUACUUACAUCUACAUUUUAAAAGAAUUUGCAGAAAACAGUCCAUAGUGAUAACUGUGUGCAAUGCCCAGAUUGUUGCAGAACUAUUUUAAAUAAAUCUUUUUGUGAUGGCUGCAUUUCAGCGCUCUCACAGGGUUUAGCUCACAUGAUUCCAUCCCCCCACCCCAGACACACAUGCAACAAUGGGGCUCAUCGCCCCUUAAUUAAAGUACUUGACUUAUUUAAUUUGUGUAUUUGUCCAGUGUGUGUCUGCUGACUGUCCUUUAUGCAUUGUCCGUGGCCUCACACACACACAUGGACACUGAAUAAAUAUAAUGACAGGUUCCCUUAAGAGAGGAUGGAUUGCUCUUUUAGGGAGUUGUGUGUUUCUAUGGCAACUCCCUUUAUAAAACUUUGAAUUUUAUCCACAUGUAUUUGCAGAUACCAAAAACAAGCUUAUGUUUAAUUUAGAGAAGCUUUGUUGAAGAGGAAACUGUAGCUCAUCCGCAGAUGUCAAGAGCAUGCACACUUUGUUCGAAAGCUUGUUGAAAAAAAUUAUGAUUCUUUUUGUGCUUGACAGUUAACCCAGUGACCAACAUUCCAUUCGGAUAGCCUUUUGUUGUCAACUUUUAUGCCUCUUGCAGUAAAAACCUCAAAUAUAUAUGCAACUUGAUAAAACUGAAAAGGAACAAGGUGGGCAGUGUGUGUGUGCUUUCGGCCUCUCUCGCCUUCCCAGUUUUGUACAUCAUAAUGUCGCUAGCUCGUUAAAUUAAAUUUGCUUUCAUCGUCAAUUUCCUUUUCUCUGUGUUACUGCAGUGUCUACGGGCUCUCGGUUACCAGCCACCUCUGAUCUAGAGAAACCAGGUUAGAUCCCUCUUUUGAAAGGAGAACCAUCUCCAUGGUUCAGUGCUUUGUGUUUGUUAGGAGUUGGGAUUCUGGAAGACACGUGGGCUGUAUUCCUGAGCAGUAAAAUACGUGUAUGUAUAAGGACAUUUCCUAAUUUUGUAGGACAAUUCAAAUGAAGUAAUUCGUGUAGUGGAUGGGGUCUGUGUAUGAGUUCUACUGUACUUGCAGGGCAUUAUGUUUCUUUUCUUUUUUUUUCUUUUUCUUUUUUGUAUACUUGUGUGUAUUUUGACUUUUUGCCUUUCUUCCUGAAACAGAUUCAGUUUUCUUAAAAUCAAAUCAGCUGUGUGGCUGGUGCUGUUGUGCCUCAUCCACAUGUGUUAAUUGUGCCGUGGCUUGUUUUGUUUACUGUUUGUGCAGGCCUGAUUUGCCAUGGUCCGUGCCUCUCAUUCCACCAGACCACAGAGUUGAUUUCCCAGUGGGGAAAAGGCUGCCUCUUCACCCGGUAAUUAGUUAUCUCAUUCAAAAGAGCCAAGCUUCUCGGAGAUGACUUUGUCACACUUUAAAUGUCUGCUUUGGAAGAUGAGAGCUCAUUUAGUUACAUGCUCAUCCAUGUGGCAGAAGAAAUGCAUGGUUAGUCACCAUGGAAAUUCUUAAGUAUUUGAAGGGCACAGGAUGGUUAAUUAGACCAUUUAUACUCAGCUACUGAGAGAUUAUGAGUUAGUUUAUAAUGAUAAGAACCCAGAGUAAGAGGUAAUAUUUUUCAGCCCAUGAGGAAGUGGUAGUUUUGUUUAUUCCUAAAAUGUAUUUUCAUUUGCCGAGAGAGGACUCUGUGGCAUUUUUUUCUUGUAUAAAAUUUGUGUAAUCUCUUGCUAAGUAAACAAGCCCACCCCCAAAAGCACACAGGUAGAGUGAGUUCUACGUUCUCACUGUUGUUACCUCCCCAGAACGCGGGAAGAAAGGAAAUGCUAGGCUGGCCUUUGAAGCUGUGGGGUGGUGGUAAGACUGCCCCUCGGCAGGGUCCCUCCGUCCACUGUGUUUCUGAGUCUUCCCACAUCCCCCAGCUCAACCUCCCGCAUCUGGUUACUCCCCACCACGAAUCCCACAUCCAGGCCCCUGACCCCAUCCCACCCGGUCUGAAAGCCACUGCCUUCCUCUGCGUCCUUCUCCUAUCUUGGCCUCUUCAACUAUUUCCUUCUUGUCCUAGUCAGUUACAACUAUGUGGCUUCAUCUUUCAGCCCAGGCUCCAGGUAUAUCCGAGUUUUGCCUCUUCACCCCCGUGGCCCGGCCUUUCUUCCUGUGGGACACUGUAAGGGAAGUGACUAGAAGUAUUCAUUUUCAAAGGACACGGAAUGGCCAUUUAAUAUUCUCAGUGCGUCUGUGCGUGAAGACAUUUUAAGGCUGUGUUUUGUGUCAGCCUUAUGUGACAAAAGGUCUAAGAUUUAAAGUUUAAAAAACGUUUGUUAAUAUUUUCUUCCAUUAUAUACAACUCAUGUGAUCUGGCUCCUGGGUAACUCUUCAGCUUCAUCUUGCUCCAAGCUCACCCUUCUGUCCCACCUGGGGACAGUUUCUGAAUGUGCCAUAUUCCACUCGGCCACUCCAUAUGCUCCCUCUGUCUGAAACAUUUCUCCAUCCCCCAUCCCAAUAGCUCCAGUGUCCCUUCUGCAGGGACAAUUUUCUUCCCUCGACCCCCAAUCUACCUAGGUUUCCCUAUAUGCUUUCAUAGCACUGAAUACCUUUAAAACAUAGCACUUGUUACAGUUUCAGUUUUAUCUUUAUUUGCAUGGUUAUUUCAUCAAUAUCUGUCCCCCCCCCCCCGCCCCAUUAUUCUUGAAGCUUCUAUAGGCAAGCAGUUCCUUGUCUUUGUGUUUCCAGUGACCAGCACAGGAAUGGACAUGUAGCAGGUCACAGUGACUAUUGUUGAGUGACCAUCUACAGAUAUCUCUGGCGGCCCACACAGUGGCCAUCGGCCCCUUCUUGCUAGCACACCCUGAUUUGGUUGAAGUAUUUACUCACUUCCAGCUGCUCUAGUGCAGCUGGCUCCAGCCUAUCCCUGAUCCAGGGGGUGAAUUUUUGGUUAGUCUCAUCAAAUCAAAGGUAAAGAGCAUCUGGGGCCUUCGUGAUGUUGCUGAGCCGCUAAAUAAAGCAGUCCCGGGACAGCUCUACCUCUAGGCAACUGUUUGUGCGAGACAAUAAAUCCUCUUAUUUGUUUAGGUCAAUUAAGAGUUCUCUGUUUCUGAAAAUAUCCUGAUACAGAAUGUCAUGAGGUAAUGAACACAUGAAUAAAUGAACAACUUAAUCUCCUGUCUUCACAAGUCCCUCGGCAAUUCAGUUUUCUCUCUCUUCAUCUCUUUGAAGUGUUAGUGAAGAUGUUGACCAGUAUUAAGCCCAAUGCUAAAAUCCAAAAUAAUUCCUAUAUAUUUGAAAAUUGUUUCCUCCCACUCAAUGCCACAUCCCCUGAACUCGAACUCACAUUCUUCUUCACCUCUCACCCUUUGGCUCCACACUUUGUUCAUAACUUUUGGGGGCAAGCUCUUCUCUCGGGAGGUUGAGAGUCAGGUCGUCAUACCCAGCAAUUUCCUGUUUGUGAGCCUUGAAGCUCUUCAAGAGUGCAGGCAGGUUUGACAGAACCUGUAGGUGUUUUCAGACGCUGAGCUGAUUCAUCCCCUGUGGCUGUUAAUUCUCCCAAGCUACCAUAACAUCUCUUUUGUCUGGAUAUUGCAGUUUCUCUUUGUGUGGAGAUGAAAUCCUCAAGACCUGCCCAUUCCAUGCUUUCCAUGUCUUUUCUGGGUUUUGGUGGACAUUCACUGACCUGCCACAAGGUUGCCCCACAAAGCUUUGGGGUCCAUGUCUGAAUGGAUUGCUGUAGCCUUCUCAUCUCUCCCUACGUCCAGUUCCCUGCAUCCUAAGACUCGAAGCCAGCACAGGACCUGGAAAAAUUACAUGGUGUGAACGGCAUGUCUGUGGAUGAGAAGCCUGACUCCCCCAUGUAUGUGUAUGAGUCCACAGUCCACUGCACCAACAUCCUCCUGGGCCUCAAUGACCAGCGGAAAAAGGAUAUUCUCUGUGACGUGACUCUGAUCGUGGAGAGGAAGGAGUUCCGGGCCCACCGGGCUGUGCUAGCUGCGUGCAGUGAAUACUUCUGGCAGGCGCUGGUUGGACAGACGAAAAAUGACUUGGUGGUCAGCUUGCCUGAGGAGGUCACAGCCAGGGGCUUUGGGCCACUGUUGCAGUUUGCCUACACCGCCAAGCUGUUACUCAGCAGAGAAAACAUCCGCGAGGUCAUUCGCUGUGCCGAGUUCCUGCGCAUGCACAACCUGGAGGACUCCUGCUUCAGCUUCCUGCAGACCCAGCUCCUGAACAGCGAGGAUGGCCUGUUCGUGUGCCGGAAGGACUCGGCUUGCCCGCGCCCGCACGAGGACCAUGAGAACUCCGCGGGAGAGGAGGAGGAGGAAGAGGAGGAGACGAUGGAUUCAGAAACAGCUAAGAUGGCCUGCCCCAGGGACCAGACGCUUCCGCACCCCAUCAGCUUCGAGGCCACUACCAUCCCAGUAGCACAGAAGGAGGAAGCUUUGCUUCCCGAGUCAGACGGGCCUACGGACACGAAGGAGAGCUCCGAAAAGGACGCGUUAACACAGUACCCCCGAUACAAGAAAUACCAGCUUGCAUGUACCAAGAAUGUCUACAAUGCAUCAUCCCACAGUACCUCAGGUUUUGCAAGCACAUUCAGUGAAGAUAACUCCGGCAACAGCCUCAAGCCGGCGCUUGCCAUGGGGCAGAUUAAAAGUGAGCCGCCCAGUGAAGAGAAUGAGGAAGAGAGCAUCACGCUCUGCUUGUCCGGAGACGAGCCUGACAUCAAGGACCGAGCUGGGGAUGUGGAAAUGGACCCGAAGCAGCCCAGCCCCGCGCCCGCCCCUGCCCCCCAUCCCGGGGUCGCCUUCCUGGAGAGAUCCAGGAGUGUGUCCUCUCCCUCCUGCCUAAGGUCUCUAUUCAGCAUAACAAAAAGUGCGGAGUUGCCUGGCCUGCCCAGUACAUCUCAGCAGCACUAUGCCAGGAGUUCUGCAUGCCCUUUUGACAAGGGCAUCACUCAGGGUGACCUUAAAACAGACUACGCCCCUUUCACGGGGAAUUAUGGACAGGCCCAUGUGGGCCAGAAGGAUGCGUCCAACUUCACAAUGGGGUCGCCCCUCAAGGGCCCUGGGGUGGAAGCUCUCUGUAAACAAGAAGGAGAGCUGGACCGGAGAAGUGUGAUCUUCUCCUCGAGCGCUUGUGACCAAGUGAGCACUUCGGUGCAUUCGUAUUCUGGGGUAAGCAGUUCGGACAAAGACCUCUCUGAGCCGGUGCCAAAGGGUCUGUGGGUGGGGGCUGUCCAGUCCCUGCCAAGCUCACAGGCCUACUCCCACGGUGGGCUGAUGGCUGACCACUUGCCAGGAAGGAUGCGGUCCAACACUAGCUGCCCGGUGCCAAUCAAGGUCUGCCCUCGGUCGCCCCCCCUGGAGACCAGGACCAGGACUUCCAGCUCGUGCUCCUCCUAUUCCUACGCAGAGGACGGGAGCGGGGGCUCGCCCUGCAGCCUCCCUCUCUGCGAGUUCUCCUCCUCACCCUGUUCCCAGGGAGCCAGAUUCCUUGCCACAGAACAUCAGGAACCAGGCCUGAUGGGAGAUGGAAUGUACAACCAAGUCCGACCCCAAAUUAAAUGUGAGCAGUCUUACGGAACCAACUCCAGUGACGAGUCCGGAUCAUUCUCGGAAGCAGACAGUGAGUCGUGUCCUGUGCAGGACAGGGGCCAGGAGGUCAAACUUCCCUUUCCUGUAGAUCAAAUCACAGAUCUUCCGAGGAACGAUUUCCAGAUGAUGAUUAAGAUGCACAAACUAACCUCAGAACAGUUAGAGUUUAUUCACGACGUUCGGCGGCGCAGCAAGAACCGCAUCGCAGCCCAGCGCUGCCGCAAGAGGAAACUGGACUGUAUUCAGAAUUUAGAAUGUGAAAUCCGCAAACUGGUGUGUGAGAAAGAGAAGCUGUUGUCAGAGAGGAACCAGCUGAAAGCCUGCAUGGGGGAGCUGCUGGACAACUUCUCCUGCCUCUCCCAGGAAGUCUGCCGCGACAUCCAGAGCCCCGAGCAGAUCCAGGCGCUGCAUCGGUACUGUCCUGUGCUCAGACCCGUGGGCCUCCCCGCAGCCUCCAGUGUGAGCCCCGCGCCCUUAGGCAUCGAGCAGAACCUCGCCACCCCUCAGUGUGCAGUGGGAGAAACUGUGCCCUGCUGUUUGGAGCAAGGUGCAGCUCCCCCUGGGCCCCCCUGGGCCCCCAGCAACACCUCAGAGAAUUGUACUUCUGCCCGGAGGCUGGAAGGCACUGACCCAGGAACCUUCUCAGAGAGAGGACCUCCUCUCGAACCCAGGACCCAAACAGUGACCGUGGACUUCUGCCAGGAAAUGACUGAUAAGUGUACGACUGACGAACAGCCCAGGAAAGAUUACACCUAGUGACCUGGCCUGCCUCCCACCUCUCACACCUCUCCCACCCAGGGGGCGCUGUUCAUCUGUUGUCUGGAAGAGCCAAGAAGGAAUUUGGUGCACACUACAGCGUUUCUUAGCAGCAAUACUGAUUCUGAGUAUUCCCUCCUCUCUUCACACAGGAGUGAUAUAUAGUUACCUUCGCAAUGGUGCUACCCCUUGCCCCGGCAAGGAAAGACAACAGUGAUGACACUGUCUGUCUGUGGGUUAACUUCAAUCUUAACAGGGAUAGACUAUAACACCUCUAGGACCCAACCACAGAUUGUUUUCUCAGUGGCCCAUGUCACAAACCCUAUCUCAGGAAUUUCUUCUGAAUGUUCAAUUUUUUUCAUUGAAGACAGCUUCUAUACACAUCAAAGUUUUAUAGCUAGACUGUACAUAUUAUAUAUAAUAUAUAUAAAAUAUAUAUAUCUCCAUAUGCAAAAGUCCUGCAUGCCUCGAUUUUCUCAUUAAAACUGGAAACUUCCUUUCUCAUUCACGAACAGGUUCCAACAUUCCGCUUCCGUUGUCUCUGAUGCUAGAACUAGUUCAGUAACUGUUAACAUGGUCCAUUUUCUUGAUUCACAGUUCGACAUCAGUUUCUACUUAUUUAUGGACAGAAUUCAGUGUUGGAAGCUUUUCUGUUAAGGUUUCAUUUCAGCGGCCGCACCCGUCCACGAGGUCUGGUUUUGGCCCCGCCGGGGGCACCCCUUGAGUGUCAUGGUUGGUUGGUUGGUUUUUGCAGACACUGAACAGUCACGGUCAACUUUGCCACUUGCACUGAGUUUUGGGUCAAACCUAUUUUCUUAAAUGAAGUUGUGACUUCAGUAUAACUCAAGUAUACUGUAUAUUCUUUACUUUUAGUUUAAAAGUAGAACAUUUUAGCUAAUUAAAAACCACUCAGGUGAUAAUUAUGUAGGAAAAACAAUCUUGCCAAAUAAUGAAUUCAUCCUAGGAUGUGUCGACAAUAAUCUGCUUGAAUAUUUUUAUAUUUCACCUCCUCCCCACCUUUCCCUAAGCGAAGCUGAAAUGCAGAUAGAGAGCUCAGAGCUGACGCUGGAUGUUCAGAUUCCUAAGAGGGGAAAGAAUCUGGGCAUCGCACUAGUAAGUACAUCAAAGCAGUAGGAAUCCAUGGUUCUGUACCAGAACUCAGCAGGCAUUGACUCCUAGAAAUCAAGUCAGAACCAUGUUCUCCCCCAGGGAGUAAGUCCCAUUCAUUUCAACACUUCCUCAGGCCUCACUUGCUCCUGGAAGUGUAGUGAAGUAAGACUUUGUGCUUUGAAGGACUUGGCUGACCAGGACUGGGCUCCCAGGAGAUCGAGCCUGAGGGGAUUUGAACUGCAGCCCCAAGGCCCUGCCCCCUAAGUGGCUGUCCUGGGUCAGUGCAGGUCACCCAGAGUAGGAGAGUGCAGGGCAGAAGUGAGCCUGAGGUCUGUCCCUGACACAGGCAAAAGCAUUUUUCCUCCCUUUCUUCUCCAAAUGUUUUGAGUUGAAUUCUGAGGUUUUCUGCCAGUCUCUUGUCCCAAGGCAGAUUUCAUUCUGAGGCUUCGGACAUGACAUGGCCAGGAGCCCUCCUUGCCCCUGCCCCACCACACACACACACCUUCCUGCACCUGAUGAUAAUUUCUUCUCGCUGCAAAACUGGUUGGCUUGCAACCCGCAGAGAGCAGCUUCCCUUGGCCCAGGGGGCAUGUUGGCCUCUGGCUGCGUUUACAGAAGGCGUGCUGAGGUCCCACGGCCACAGAGGAGGAGAAGUCAGUGCCCCCUCCAGCGGGCCUCCAGCCUGGCUGUGGGAAGGGUCCCCAAGGGUUUGAUGUGGGGAUGGGGUGGUGGGCAGUGGGACUUGAUGGGUGACUUUGUUUCUUUAUUUGUGCCAUUGUUUGGACAAUAUUAAAGCUGCAUGUAAAAGAGGGAAUUAGUGUAUGAUGUAGGCGAAAAGUGAAACCAUAGUAACAUAUGUUUUAGUAUUAUUAACCUUUUCUGUACAAAUAUUAGCGCUAAAUGUUUAAAUAUGUAUGAUUGCCAGAAAUCUGUUGGUUCAUGCGAUAGGAUAUUUUCUUUUUAAAAAGGCUUUUCUUUUUUAAACUAGCUCCACUUUUAAAACCUGCCUCUGGGUUUUCGUUGUUUGUCGUGUGUGUGUGUCUGUGUGUGCCCGUGUGUGCCUGUGGUGGACCCACCAUCGCUGCUGUGGCUGCAGGAGUUCCUUGGCCCACUAGACCGGUCCUGCGCCUCACCGUGAGGUGUGCCUCUGUGGGACACCAGUGACCGCUCCCGUUCAGACUCUGCGCGAAUCACGUGAUCCAUCACAGGUGUGUGUUAUGGUGGAGUCAGCCAACAGUCCUUUGUUUUUUUAGCUCUCUCAUUGCCUUUUUUAAGUGACCUCCUCUUCUUUUAAAAAAGGAAUGUUUUCUGCUCAUGUCAUAACCAGGUCCAAACCAACUUGUUGGCGUGAUUUUCCCUGGUCUCAACUCAUGUGCAACUGGUAGUCUUGACCACAUUCCGCUCCCCUGACCCCACCCUUCAUGUGGUUCAGUCCGCACACGCCCGCGCAGCACCAUGUCCAGGUUCAAGGGGCUCUCUUUCUUUCUCUCCCCCUAACUCAGUCCACAUCUGCAGUCUGCCAGCCCCCACCUCACUUUGAUUCCUCUCCCAACUGAACCUCUGUCAUGGGAACUGGUUAAAAACACUUCUUGAAAAACUGUCUUUCGAUUUCUUCAUGAUUUUUACUGAAUUGCUACGAAUUUGUUCACUAUCCACCAUGAACAGUGACUGGUCUUGUGCAAUGUGAUCUGUCUGUGUCUGUUACUACUCUAAACCAUGUGUUUGUCUGAAUUAUUUCUGGGCUAAUUCAAAGGGAGGACUAGCUGGGGACCAAAAUCCCAGUUGUCUCAAGUGGAAUUCUAAAAACCGGCCUGAUUCCUUUCCCUGGGAUCCCUUUGUGAAGCCCGUGCCUCUUGUGAGAAGGAAAAGCAAGUUCACCACAAGGGGCAGUGCUUGCACAGCAUGGUGACACCCAGUGGUGUUCUUUAGGGUCUUCCUGACCAAAACAAAGACCCUGCAGCCACAGACUGUUUGGGAGGAUCUGUACGACAGCCUAGGCGGGUCUCAGAAUGUCUGGAAUUGGCAUGGGCUGUUGGGCAGGGACAGUGGAGGUGGCCCUGUGACGAGUUAACAUCACCUGAGUCUAGUCCUCCCCUUGGAUCUGCCUUCGCUCGGCACGUGUCCCCAACAACCUCGCUUCAUUCAGGUUGGUCAGGCUCUGGGCAGGCAAGUGCUUUGCCGUGUGUGUUUGUUUCUCUGCGUUAUCUGGGGGUGCCUUGAAUAAUCUAACUUCAUUACAUACUGAUUCUGGAACAAAACAGUUGCAAAAAAAAAAAAAAGAAGAAGAAGCUGGCGAAGUUGCUAGGCCCUCCUCCUUCUCUUCCGGGUUCGCUAACAAUGACUCAGGCGUCAGAGGUGAUGCUGCAGUAGAAAAUGUUAUUUUGUAUAUUGUACAAGUAAUUUAUUAACUGUCUUUCUAAAAGUAUGCUGCUUACAAGAUGCACUAUGAUUUUGGAUUUAAUCCUUAUAUUGCUUUCCCAAGGAAGUAAAAAAAAAAAAAAAAAAAAAAGAAUGGCUAGCGGUUAGUAUGCCAACUGCCACUUCUUGAAAAGGAGGGCAGCGAGCCGCUAGAGGACUUGCCUGAGAGGACUGCUAACAGUCAAGUGGGCACAAAGGAAAGUUCAAUGCUAUUGUCAAGAGGUCUAAACCUACACUUACUCUUUUAAUACUUUAUCAUUGCUGUUAAAGUAGAAGAAACAAACAAAGGUGUGAAAGUUCUAAGCCUUGUUAAGAAACCACCAAGUCCUGCCCCUGUGAGAUGACCCAUGUGCUGUGCAGUAGCUUCCCUCUCAGAACGAGGGAAGCCUGCCCCACUCUUUCCAGACCGUUUUUGGCUACCUAGCUCCAUGUGUUAGACCCCGUUUAAACUGGGAGCUGCUUAGGAAAUGACUUCAAACUGCUCCACUAUUGCUUAGUUUGGGAGGGGUCCCAGAUCUAGAAGGAAGCAGGAAUCAAGCAUUGUUCUCACCACUGUAAAUAAACUAAAGAACAUAGUUGGGGGUUUUUUUCUUAAACAAUAAAGCUGUUCACUGGAUCACAAGUUAGUGUUUCUUCCCCAAAUUGAGGGUGUUGUUGUAGGUUCAGUCUCUGGCAAGUGAGUGCACAGUGCGGUGCCCUGCAAGGAGUGGGUGCCUGGGCAGGAAGUCCGUGUGCAUGGGAACAUUCUGUGUUCAAGCUGCAUGUUUUUAAUACUGCCCAAGCCACCUCAUGACCCAGGCAUCAAGCAUUGAUGCUGUAGAAUAGAACAUAUUUGUAUGCAAAUAGUGUGUGCAAAUAGUAUUUGUACAUAGAAAAGACCUAUUGUGGCAGACUAAGGAUAAAUUAUUCAACCGACGGUGCAAAACAUUUCUUGCAAAGAAAAGUAAGUGUAUAGUAUUUUCCUACACUCCACUCUGGGAGAUAAUAUUUAUAUCAAAUGACUAUCGGUGUAUUUUAAUUGUAAUACAGAAAUGAUGCUGCCAUUGGUGAAGAAUACCCACUUGGUUGCAGAGGCCCACUUUUGUAGCUUUGAUUUAAUGUUGUGGUGUGGUGUGCGCAUUUCACUAUCGAGCAAUGGAUAAGCAACUCUGACUUACAUUUUCAUUCCAGUUUAUUGACCUCAGCUGACACAGUGGCCCUUCUAGAAGCAGAAGUGCACCAAGACCGUUCAUUUCAGGUAGACUCGCAUUCAGUGCCAAAUGCUCUCAUGCGGGCGAUCGGACAUGUGUAUCAGGAAAGAGUGAAGGGACUUGGACGAAGAGGGCUUUUCCCACAGAUUGAUGCUAAGUCUUCUACCAAAACAUGUCUGGAGGCAGAGGGGUGACCUCUACUUGAGCCCCAACAAUGCAUUUUGCAUGUGUGAAUGCUGGGGUGCCCAUUCACGCUCUGACGUAAAAGACCUGCCACUUCUAGUGCAUGAUCAGGAAGAUUCCAGAUGCAUUUGGGAGCUUCAGGUGCUGGUUAGACGCCACCUUUGCUUGUGAGGCCAGAAGGGCCUGUGAGGAUUUGUUCCAGAACCAGUCUGAUGCAAGUGCACCUCUAAUAUAUGCCUUACAAACUCCAGAGGCCAUAUUCAAAACAGGGUCUUCUCAGUGUAUGCAAGGGGCUCCAGCCCCUCUUCUCUUCCUCCCCAGGUUGAACAAUACGGACAGUUUUCACACAUAUCUACCUGUAUAACCCUCUGUACCUCUCAUAACUGGUCAACGACUGUAACAGGUUACAUCAGGUGUUUUUCUACAUACUUUUUACACAGAUUCUAUGCGAUUAAUGUAACUUAAUUCAGUGCAUCAUUUUAUUGUACUAGUUCUUAGGCUUGUCUUUUUUUUUCCUAAGUGAUUGUGGUUUUCCUUGUGGUUUUUAUUGUAAAAAUGAAAAUGGCUGUUGAUGCUUAUUCUCUGUAACUAAGAAUUUUUACCUUUUUGGGGAAAAAAAGUGCGUUGCUAUGAACUAAUGAAUUGAAUUUUCAUUUAUUCGUUGUAAAUACACUAUCGUGCAAAAAAUUUUCACUCAGUUGAAUUGCUAGUGUUAACUGAAUUUUGUGUAGACACCAUUUCUGUUGAUGAAAUAAAGACAUAUCAUUAUGCAUUGUAA